CGAAAAGUAUGUGAUAUGGCUCCUGUCACAUUCACACAGUCCCUCGUGCGUCGUUUCCACGAUGGGCCUCGUGAGAAACACCGCGCCUUCAUCGCCCUUGGGAGUAACCUCGGAGACAGGAUUCGAUGGAUUGAAGAGGCAUGCAAAGCGAUGGAGUCGGGGGGUGGUCUUAAGGGUGAAAUAGGACACGAUAUCCGGAUCCUACGAACUAGCAGCCUUUGGCAAACGUCUGCUAUGUACGUUUUGGAUCAGGCGGACUUUCUGAACGGUGUAUGCGAGAUUGAAACCCUCUUGAGCCCUAUAGAGCUCCUCGACAGGCUUCAAGCAAUCGAGAAUCAACUUGGCCGCGUGAAGCUGAUUGACAAGGGCCCUCGGAACAUAGACCUCGACAUCCUUCUGUACGAUCAGACAAUCUUCCUCAACGAGCGCCUACAAAUACCGCACAAGUUGAUGCUUGAGCGUGAGUUCGUCCUGCGCCCUCUUUCCGACGCCGCCUUAAACCGACUACCCCUCGGGGGCGCCCCUAUGACCUCCUAUACCCCCCUCUCGCUCCAUUCACGCCAACUACCUCCCAUAACACCCCACCACACCCACCGCAAAACCCACAUCAUGUCCAUCCUCAACGUAACCCCCGACUCCUUCUCCGAUGGCGGCCUGCACUCCCCUCACGACGCCACCCACCUGUCCGAAACCGCCGCCGCCCACAUCGCCUCAGGCGCCACCCUCCUCGACGUCGGCGGCCAGUCCACCCGCCCCGGCGCGCCCCAAGUCUCCUCCAAAGAAGAACUCGCGCGCGUCCUCCCCGCCAUCCGCGCCAUCCGCGCCCUCCCCGCCGCCGCCGCCAUCGCCAUCAGCGUCGACACCUACCGCGCUGGUGUCGCCGCCGCCGCCGUAGCCGCCGGGGCGGACAUGGUCAACGACGUCAGCGCCGGCGCCAUGGACCCGGCCAUGCUCGCGACGGUCGCGCGGCUGGGCUGCACCGUGUGCCUGAUGCACAUGCGCGGCACGCCCGCGACCAUGAACGACCGCGCGUCGUACCCCCGCGGCGUCGUCGCCACCGUCGCGGAGGAGCUGCUCGAGCGCGUGCGCGCCGCCGAGGCUGCGGGGAUCAGGCGCUGGCGCAUCGUCCUCGACCCUGGGAUCGGGUUCGCGAAGACGCAGGAGCAUAACCUCGAGUUGCUGCGCAAUUUGGGGCAGUUGAGGGCGUACCCAGGGCUCGAGGCGUUUCCGUGGCUGGUGGGCACGAGUCGGAAGGCGUUUGUGGGGCGGAUUACGGGGGUUAAGGAGGCGAGGGAGCGCACGUGGGGGACGGCGGCGGCGGUGAGUGCGGCGGUGGCGGGGGGCGCGGAUGUGGUGAGGGUGCAUGAUGUGGAUGAGAUGGGGAAGGUGGUGGCGAUGGCGGAUGCGGUGUGGAGGGUGUGAUGGAAGGAGAAGAGGGGGGGGAUAGAGUUGUGGAGCGUAAUUGUACGGGCGCUCCAGUCUACCGUUAUAAUGGCGAUCGAGAUGGAUGAGUGGUAGUUGGUAUGAUCGGUAAUCGAGCCGGGCUACGUCGCGCGACGGCUGACCGUUGUAAGGGGUGAUAGUUACAGGGCUCAGAGAAUAACGCGGAGUGUUACAGGCAGUAACAUAAGAUUAUCUAGCAUGGUUAUGAAUCGCGAAGCAAACGUGUUUUCGGCUUAAUGAGUGUAUGCCAGUGCUGUUUUUAUCAGCGGGUAAAGUAAGGCAUGUGAAGGCAACGAGUGGCGUCCGAUGCUCGCGUUGUUUUGCCUCGUUUGAAAGGCGGGUAUGAAUACUGUCGGCCAGCUGGAUUCUUAGAGGAAC